CACUUAAUUUCACCUAGUAAAACAUGUUUAAUUAAUCAAUUACACUUGAUUUCCUAAUUAAUUAAUAUGGGCUAUUAUAAGAUGGAGUUCCAAGGACAAUCAGAAAAGGUACGAAGCUCUUGCUUAUCCUCUUUUCAUCCCAACCAUAUUGUUUUCCGUCUCAAAACUGCUAAGAAAAUGAAAAUAAUAAGGGAGAGAUUAGAUCAAAUUGCUGAAGAAAGGAUUAAGUUUCAUUUGACUGAGACGGUCACAGAGAGAAGAACUGGUGUCAUUGACUGGCGCCAAACAACCUCAGUUAUUACUCAACCUCAAAUCUAUGGAAGAGAAGAAGAUAGGGAUACAAUUUUAGACUUUUUGGUUGUUGAUGCUUUUGGUUUUGAGGAUUUAUCUGUGUAUCCGAUAGUUGGUCUGGGUGGACUUGGCAAAACAACUAUUGCCCAACUCAUCUUCAACCAUGAGAGGGUAGUCAACCAUUUUGAGCUAAGAAUUUGGGUAUGUGUUUAUGAAGAUUUCAGUUUGAAGAGAAUGAUAAAAGCUAUCGUGGAAUCUGCAUCUGGACAUCCCUGUGCGGAUAUGGAUCUAGAGCCACUGCAAAGAAGACUUCAGGAUCUACUCCAACAAAAAAGAUAUUUGCUUGUUUUGGACGAUGUGUGGGAUGAUGAACAAGAGAAUUGGCAGAGGUUGAAAUCUGUAUUGGCUUGUGGAGCAAAGGGUGCAUCAAUUUUGGUCACUACCCGUCUUCCCAAGGUUGCAGCAAUCAUGGGAACUGUGCCUCCUCAUGAAUUAUCGUUGCUAUCUGACAAUGACUGUUGGGAAUUGUUUAAACAACGAGCUUUUGGACCAAAUGAGGCAGAACGAGAAGGCCUUUUGGUCCUAGGGAAGGAGAUAGUAAAGAAGUGUGGUGGAGUGCCUUUUGCAGCAAAAGCACUAGGAGGUCUUUUGCGUUUUAAAAGAAAGGAAAAUGAAUGGCUCUAUGUCAAGGAAAGCCAGCUAUGGAGUUUACAAGAUGAGGGCUCUGUCAUGCCUGCCUUGAGAUUAAGUUACUUGAACUUGCCAGUAAAAUUGAGACAAUGUUUUGCCUUCUGUGCAUUAUUUCCCAAAGAUGUAGAAAUAGAAAAGCAAUUUCUAAUCGAACUUUGGAUGGCUAAUGGAUUCGUCUCAUCUAAUGAAACAUUGAAUGCUGAAGAUAUUGGUGAUGAGGUAUGGAAUGAAUUAUAUUGGAGAUCAUUCUUUCAAGACAUUCAGACAGAUAUAUUUGGCAAAAUUAAAAUUUUCAAAAUGCAUGAUCUUGUUCAUGAUCUCGCUCAAUCUGUCACAGAAGAGGUUUGUUGCAUCACAUAUGAUAAUAAUAAUGUAAAGAGUACGUCCGAAAGAAUUCGCCAUCUCUCAACGUAUAGGCGGAAGUCAUUUUGGUUGCACAAACUCAAAGCCUUGAAGACCUACAUAGAGCGGUAUAACUAUGUUGAUGACCAACUUCCAUCUCAGGUAUUGAAAUGUUAUUCUUUGCGUGUGCUUCAGAGCACAGGGCUAAGCAAUUUGUCGGCUUCGAUUGGUCAUUUAAAACAUCUAAGGUACUUGGAUAUUUCUAUGGGUCGCUUCGAAACUCUUCCGGAAUCCCUUUGUAGGAUAUGGAAUUUGCAGAUUUUGAAAUUAGACUGUUGUUAUGAUCUAAAAAAGUUGCCCAACAGUCUGAUACAAUUGAAAGCUCUGCAACAUCUAUCUUUGAUGGACUGCUUCUCACUCACAAGCUUGCCUCCUCAGAUAGGGAAGUUGACUUCCCUAAGAACUUUAAGUAUGUACUUUGUUAGCAAGGAAAAAGGGUUUCUUUUGGCAGAAUUGGGACGAUUGAACCUUAAAGGAGUGCUUCACAUCAAGAACCUUGAGAGAGUAAAAAGUGUGAUGGAUGCCAAAGAUGCCAAUAUGUCGAGUAAGCAACUGAACACAUUGUUGCUGUCAUGGGGCAGAAAUGAAGAGUCCGAAGUACAGGAAAAUGUUGAGCAGAUUCUUGAAGUGCUUCAACCUCAUACCCAACAACUUCAAAAUUUGGGUGUAGGAGGAUAUCCAGGUGCCCGAUUUCCACAAUGGAUGUCUAGUCCUUCUCUUGAAUAUUUAAAUGCUUUAAGACUCGUGGAUUGCAAAAGUUGUUUACAACUUCCCCUGCUGGGAAAACUACCUUCUCUAAAGGAACUAUGUAUAUCUAAUAUGAGUAAUGUAAUAUACCUGCAAGAGAAGUCCUAUGAUGGUGGAGUUGCGAUAAGUUUCAUGGCUCUAGAAUUUCUGUUACUGAAGGAGCUGCCAAACCUGAUAAGGUUAUCAAGUGAGGAUGGAGAAAACAUGUUCCCGCGCCUUUCGAAACUUGAAAUUACUCAAUGUCCUAAAUUGUUGGGCUUGCCUUGCCUUCCAUCUCUCAAUGAACUACGUAUAAUAGGGGAAUGCAACCAAGAUAUACUAAGUUCAAUUCAUAAACUCGGUAGUCUUGAAUCCCUUUAUUUCUACAAAAAUGAAGAGUUAACUUGCUUCCCUGAUGGUAUGCUACAAAACCUUACUUCUCUGAAGAUACUUGACAUUUCUUGGCACUCCAGACUUGAGGUACUCCCAACUGAAAUGGCUAACCUUAAUGCUCUCCAAGAACUGUAUAUUAAAGGUUGCGACAACCUCCAAUCAUUGACAGAUGAAGUAUUGCAAGGAUUGCACUCUCUCAAGAUAUUAGAGAUUGUGGGGUUUCCUAAGUUCAAAUUGUCAGUAGGUAUUCAAUAUCUAACUUGUCUUGAGGAAUUGACGAUUGAGGGCUCCUCAGAGGUUGAAGAUUUGCAUGAGGCUUUACAGCAUAUGACUGUUCUGCAAACAUUAGCAUUGUGUGAUCUACCAAACCUAGGAUCCCUGCCUGACUGCUUGGGAAACCUUGGCCUGCUUCACAAAUUAAGUAUUUCAGGUUGUCCCAAGUUGAAGUGUCUUCCAAUGAGCAUUCAACGCCUUAGCUAUCUGAAAACAUUGGAAAUUUGGGGUUGCCCUGAGUUAGGGAAUCGAUGUCAGAAGGAAACAGGGGAGGACUGGCCAAAAAUAGCUCACCUUCAGCAUAUUCAAAUAAAAAAUGAUGUAAUUCUUCGCAGUGGAGGUUGGUUUUCUAUUGGAAUCAUUUCAGAACUCUGUGAAAUUUGAGAAUAAAAAAAUCGCGAUGGUUACAGCAGGUGGCGUCUGAAGAUUGCAUUGUUUGUAUCUUUCAGCUAAGUGAGUAAUAAAGUUCAGGUCUGAAAUUUUGGCAGACAAUAUGUACAUGUACAAUUUUAAGAGAUUUGUAUUAUUUGCUCAUUUGUUAUUCGAUCUCUUUUAUUUUCCGGUCAAUGUAUUAAAAAGUCUUUAAUUGGUAGGAGAGGUUCGACAGCUAAAAAUUCAGGUUCAUAGGGAUAAGUCUAAGGUCUUAUGUAAGAAGGUUUUUUUUUUUUAAAAAAAGAGAGAGUAUAUAUUGAUGGAUAAUUUUAUACAUUGAAGUUUGUAGACCCCUUCCUUGUAACUCAGGCCCGACAAGGGCUCACUUUUAAUUUAGUUUAU